CCCUGCAGAUCGCGUCGCCGUGGGCGCGGCUGGUCGCAACCUGAGCCAUCCCUCCGGCCUUGAUCCAUCCAUCCAUCGGCCAGUACUUGAAGGAGCGAAUCUCUUCAAAUCGGCUUCCGAUGCACCAGUGAUACCGCCGUUCUUGUCAGGCUAGAUUAGCAUACAAGUGUUCACACGUCGCAGAAAUGCGCGUUUGAGGCGGACGUUCAAUUGCCGUGGGUAGGUACCGAUUCGCUGCAGUUUGCUUGGAGCUGUUCCAAAGUCCAAUCGGCCUCAAGGUCACAGCCAGCGCAUCCGGAACACUGCAGUGGCCCUCAUUUUCCGUCCCUUCUCUCUGCACUGACGCACCAAAAGACAAGGACCUGCGCUUAGCUUGGAUCUUCUGAAAGAAAGUUUGAGCUUGCGCCAGUAUCUGCUCACCUGCAAUGGCAACCACGACGGCAUCCCCUCAGAGGGAUCUCACGCCUUCAGGCCUGGCGUUCUCCUCGGCCAUCCCGCAGAAGCGCAUCCUCGAAGACGACCACACCCCGGCCGUCCCGUCGCCCCUCAACCCCGAAGUCAAGCCCGUUCCAAAAGUUCAAGUCCAAGCCCCCGACGACGGCUCCGCCAUGCGUGAGAAGCGCACCAAGAAGGACUCGCUCAAAAAGCGAGAGGCCAAGGGCGGCGCUGGCGGCCUCGACAGCUCGAGGGUGACACCCGAUCCCAAGCACCCGCAACAUCAGCAGCCCAAAGACACCCCCCCAGGCGAAUUAGCGCCUAUGCGCUAUAAGCUGGCACCGCCAAAGCCGUCCGAUUUCGAGCAGUCGCGCGGCCCCGUUUUCCAGAGCCACCACGAGGUGCAGGAUCCUGACGAUAGGACCAUCGAGUUCUUCGAGACCUCUGAACAUGUCUACAACAAGAAGAACUUCCACUACACCCACUGCAUCGCCGACCCUGCCUUCCCGUCCAUGUUCUACUACCGCCAGACCGAGCCCGCACCCUAUGGCGCCCACUUGAAUGUCGAGGACGCCGCGGCGCAUAUGUACUUUGACAAGGCCGGCACGCAUGCCACCUCCGAUAAAGGCUUCAGGAUGACGCGCGCCAACGUCUCGGUACGGGAAGGGCGCUGGUACUGGGAGUGCCGAGUGACGCGGGGCCUCCUGAAGGAGCGCGCUGCGGGCGACCCGGAGUCGCACGGCCAUAUCCGUGUUGGGUGGGCACGGAGGGAGGCAUCGCUGGACGCCCCGGUGGGGUUCGAUGCCUACAGCUACGGGAUACGCGAUGUGGCUGGCCAGAAAGUUCACAUGUCGCGACCCAGGGACUUCUUCCCCCCGGGGGAGGACCUGCGUGAAGGCGACGUGAUCGGGCUCGAGAUCCAGCUGCCCUCGGAGCAGCUCCACCGCAAGGUCGUGCAGGGCCAGUACAACCCGGCCGUCGACCUGGCCGAGGACGAGUACGCACGCAGCGGCGGGGCAGCGCGAGGCGCCGUCGAGCCCGCGCCAAACAUCAUCCGCGACCGCAUCCCCAUCCGAUUCAAGGCACACAUUUACUUCGAGAAGAUUGACUACCACACCACCAAGGAGCUUGACGACCUCAUGAACCCGUCACCCAUGAACUCGUCUGGAACCAACGGCUCCUCGGAAACCCCCAACCCUCACCACCCGAUCCCGUCGCUACGCACCCUGCCCAACUCACACAUCAAAGUCUACAAGAACGGCGUGCUAAUGGGAACGCCAUGGACAGACCUGCUGGCCUUCCUCCCGCCCGCGUCCAAACUCUUGCAGCAGCCCGGCGGACGCGAGUGUCUUGACGACGGGUCGCUAGGGUACUACCCAGCCGUGAGCGUGUUUCGCGGGGGCGCGGUCGAGGUGAAUUUCGGGCCGCACUUCUGGUACCCGCCACCAGGCCUCGAACUGCCGCUCGACGACGUCGACAUGCUAGAUGUCGGGGCGCUGGAGCUGCCGCCUGCGCCUGUGUCUGGGUCUGGACCCCAGCCGCCGCCAGGGAACCUCGUGUCGCUGCCGCCGUCGGCCAAGCUGCGGCCUGUCGGCGAGCGCUACGACGACCAGAUCGUCGAGGAUAUUGUCUACGACAUCAUCGACGAGGUCGGCUUCUGGAUGCAGGACGGCUGCAAAACCGUGGUGGACCGCUCCGGCAAGGACGGCAAGGCGGGCGAGGCCGUCGGCGUAGGCGUGCUGCCCGGCGGGCGGGAGGAGAUUAAGGAACUCGUGCAGGAUGAUUGAGACAGGACCGAAAUAUUGCUGGUUGGCAGUUUUGGAGGCACGGACGCGCGCGGGGUGGCAGAGGACGGCCGGUCCUUGGCAUAGGAUCAUUGAUACCCAUUAUGGAGACGAAAAGAAAACGAAGAAAGAUAUAUCAAAUAGAGCAGCGCAUGGCAGCGAGAAGCAGCAGCCCAGAGAAACAAAGUCUAACACCUGGAAAGCCUCUUCUGGGCCAGUCUAUCCGUCAAGACCGUGUUGGUCUGGUAUCUUGCAUACCACAGCAUAGACAAACGUGUUUAAUAGUCCGAACGAUACGGAUAUU